AUGGCAUCUAGUUUCAACCCAGUCGAUAUCUUGCCAUGUCAAACACUAUACGUAUAUAACCUCAACGACCAGGUACACAUUGACGUUUUAAAAAAACUGGUCUAUGAAUUGUUUAUUCCAUAUGGAAUAAUUGUGGACAUAGUGGCGAGAAGGACUAAGAAUCUGAGGGGCCAAGCCUUCGUUGUAUUUAGGGAGAUAUCUAGCGCUACAGCUGCUUUGAAGGGGUUGAAUGGAAGGAAAGUAUUAAAUAAAGUAUUGAAGAUAGAGUAUGCCAAAAACAGGUCGUACAAGGCAAUGAAGCCAUCGGAUUAUUACAAAAUAUCAAAAUCGAGUAAAUCUAAAUCUAAGAUAGCUCCGGAAUACAUGGAUGAAGUGAGAACUGACGGAAACGAGGAAUCGCAUACACUGUUUGUCGAGAACAUACCUUCCGAUAUGAGCAAGGACUCACUGGAAUUGCUUUUUAGACAGUACCCGGGUUUCAAGAACUGUAGGUUUAUAGAAGGAAGAUAUGUAGCGUUUGUCGAUUAUUCAAUGGCAACGCAAGCAGAAAUCGCUCUAGAGGGCUUGCAAGGCUUCAGAGUCUCACAUACCCACGCCUUACAAAUAUCUUUAGCAAAAUAA